AUGGGACAGAGUACCUCGGAAGAAGAGGUCCAAAUAAAUGGCCCAGAGGACGAGUUUAAUGAAAUCAAGACAUUUGUGGAGGAGGAGCUGCAGACGAGUAUGAUGAUGGGGAUCGUAAUUGGUGCUGGUGUCGCCAUAGUCAUCAUUGCAAUCCUCUUCUUCUUCAUACUGCGGCGGAUCCACCUUCGAAACCUAGAAGCACAGGAGGCCCCUAAAUAUCGCUUUCGCAAGAGGGACAAAGUCAUGUUCUAUGGGCGAAAGAUCAUGCGUAAAGUCUCCCAGUCUACCUCUUCCUUGGUGGGUACAUCGUCCUCUUCUCGACCACGCCUGAAAAAGAAGCAGAAGAUGCUCAACAUUGCCAAAAAGAUCCUGCGCUUUAAGAAGGAAGUGCCUACAUUGGAGGCUAAGGAGCCUCCUCCAUCCGUAUUAGAGGCUGAUCUUACAGAAUUUGACGUGGCCAAUUCUCACCUUCCUUCUGAGGUGCUUUAUAUGCUCAAAAAUGUCCGUGUUCUGGGCCAUUUUGAGAAGCCCCUCUUUUUAGAGCUCUGCAAGCACAUGGUGUUUGUACAAUUCCAACAAGGGGAGUAUGUCUUCAGACCUGGCCAGCCGGAUAGCAGCAUCUACGUGGUUCAAGAUGGAAAACUAGAACUGUGCCUUACUGGAAUGGAUGGCAAAGAAAGUGUUGUGAAGGAGGUUUUCCCUGGAGACAGCGUCCACAGCCUCCUUAGCAUUUUAGAUGUCAUCACGGGCCACCAGAAGCCUUACAGAACAGUGUCGGCACGUGCUGCUGAGGUUUCCACUGUUCUUCGUUUACCAGUAGAGGCCUUCCUGUCUAUAUUUGAGAAGUAUCCAGAGAGCCUGGUGCGGGUUGUACAGAUUAUCAUGGUUCGUCUCCAGAGAGUAACCGUUUUAGCCCUGCACAACUACCUGGGCCUAACUAAUGAGCUUUUCAGCCAUGAAUUGCAUCCUUCACGCCAGCCGCCUCUGUCUCCUCACCCGACCCGCACCAGUCCCAUCCGCCAUGGCAAGCGCUUUGGCAGUCUGACAGUGCCUGAGGAGCAACGUGAAGCUGCCAUAAAAAGUGCAAUGUCUGGAGAUCAAGGGAAGGAUGGAGUUACACUCAGCAGGACCAUUUCCAUGCCUGUAGAUAUUGCUAGUUUACAGAAAGGUCUUAAAUCAGACUUUGACAUGGCAUAUGAAAGGGGGCGGAUCUCUGUGUCUGCUGAAGAUGGCAACACUCCGCCCAACUUUACUCGGUCUGUUUCCCAGGAGCAGCGGGAGAGGAAGGUGACAGUGGAAGAGGUUCCCUCUGGGAUCUACUUAUAUCCAGAGGAAGAGGCAGGGGUGGACAAUAUUUUCACAACUGUAACCUGCCGAUCCAGUUCAGCAUUGUUUGAGGAAGCUCAGAAAGAAAUCCUUAAACUCAUGCGAAUUGAGGACCCCUCUCUGUUAAAUGGAAAAGUGACUUUACAUCACGCUAAAGCUGGAGCUGUCUUAGCCAGACAAGGUGACCAGGACGUGAGUCUGCACUUUGUCCUGUCUGGUUGCCUGCAUGUCUACCAGAGGAUGAUAAAUAAGCAAGAAGCUGUCUGCCUGUUUGUGACCCACCCAGGGGAGAUGGUGGGACAGCUCGCUGUGCUUACUGGAGAGCCUCUCAUUUUUACCAUCAAAGCCAUACGAGACUGCACUUACCUCAAGAUAUCUAAAUCCGAUUUCUAUGAGAUUAUGCGGGAGCAACCUAGCGUGGUGUUGAGCGCAGCGCACACCGUGGCCAUCCGGAUGUCACCUUUUGUCAGGCAGAUGGACUUUGCUAUUGAUUGGAUGGCUGUAGAAGCGGGUAGAGCCCUCUACAGACAAGAUGAUAGGUCAGACUGCACAUAUAUUGUUCUGAACGGACGUCUGCGUUCGGUGAUCCGCAAAGCAAAUGGCAAGAAAGAACUUGUUGGGGAAUAUGGAAGAGGAGACCUCAUUGGAGUGGUUGAGGCAUUGACCAAACAGCCAAGAGCCACUACUGUACAUGCAGUAAGAGACACUGAACUGGUUAAGCUGCCUGAGGGGACACUCAACAACAUUAAAAGACGAUAUCCUCAGGUGGUGACGAGGCUGAUCCAUCUAUUGGGCCAAAAAAUUCUGGGGAACCUUCAACAAGGUCGAGGUCCAUUCUCAGGGUCAGCCCUAAGUCUGCCUACCAUGGCCACCAGUACUGAUGUAACCAACCCUGCCAGCAACCUCUCGACUGUAGCUGUGUUACCAGUAUGUGACGAAGUGCCAAUUAAUGCAUUCAACAUGGAGCUUAGCCAUGCCCUCAAUGCAAUUGGUCCAACUUUGCUAUUGACUAGUGACAUAAUCAGAGAGCGACUUGGAGCAUCUGCUUUGGACAGCAUCCAUGAGUACCGUUUGUCCGGUUGGCUGGCCCAGCAGGAGGACAUCAAUCGAAUUGUCUUAUACCAGACUGACAACAGCAUGACCCCAUGGACUCAGCGCUGCAUUCGUCAAGCAGACUGCAUCCUUAUUGUUGGCCUGGGAGACCAGGAACCUACCCUAGGAGAGUUGGAGCAGAUGCUGGAGAACACAGCAGUCCGUGCAUUGAAACAGCUGAUCCUUCUCCACAGAGAGGAUAGUCCAGGUCCUUCCAGGACUGUCGAGUGGCUUAACAUGCGCAGCUGGUGCUCAGGGCAUCUUCACUUAAAGUGUCCUCGCAGGGUCUUUUCCAGACGUAGCCCCAGCAAACUGAGAGAAGUCUACGAAAAGGUUUUUGAGAAAACGGCAGAUAGGCACAGUGAUUUUUCUCGGCUGGCCCGAAAGCUGACUGGAAACAGUAUAGCCCUUGUGCUGGGAGGAGGCGGAGCAAGGGGUUGUUCUCAUGUAGGUGUAAUUAAAGCUAUGGAGGAGGCAGGGAUUCCCAUUGACAUUGUUGGCGGGACAUCUAUUGGUUCAUUCAUUGGUGCUUUGUACGCUGAGGAGCGAAGUGCCGUCAGAACCAAGCAGAGAGCCAGAGAGUGGUCAAAGGCCAUGAACUCUGUAUUCAAAACGGUCCUGGAUCUUACCUAUCCCAUCACCUCCAUGUUCUCUGGGUCUGCAUUCAACACAAGCAUCUACAAGGUUUUCCAGGAUAAGCAAGCUGAGGACUUGUGGCUACCAUAUUUCAAUGUCACCACAGAUAUCACAGCGUCUGCCAUGCGUGUUCACCAAGACGGUUGCGUCUGGCGGUAUGUUAGAGCCAGCGCCUCCUACACCCCCUAUUUACCUCCCCUCUGCGAUCCCAAGGAUGGCCACUUGCUUGUGGACGGUUGCUAUGUAAACAAUGUCCCAGGCUCUCUGUGGCGCUAUGUGCGGGCGAGCAUGACCCUAUCCGGGUACCUGCCGCCUCUCUGUGAUCCCAAAGAUGGGAGCUUGCUUAUGGAUGGUGGCUACAUCAACAACCUGCCAGCGGAUAUUGCCAGGAACAUGGGUGCCAAAACGGUCAUUGCCAUCGAUGUGGGCAGCCAGGACGAGACAGACCUCUGUAACUAUGGCGACUGUCUGUCUGGCUGGUGGUUGCUGUGGAAACGAAUCAAUCCCUGGGCUGAAAAAGUCAAGGUGCCGGACAUGGCAGAGAUCCAGUCUCGGCUGGCCUACGUGUCUUGUGUGCGGCAAUUAGAAGUGGUCAAGAAGAGUGCUUAUUGCGAGUACAUUAGACCGCCAAUUGAUCGUUUCAAGACCAUGGACUUUGGAAAGUUUGAUGAGAUUUACGAUGUGGGCUUCCAGCACGGUAAACUGGUGUUCACUGGCUGGGCCAGAGGUGACAUCAUUGAAAACAUGCUAAGGGACCACCGAUCAGCCGACUACAACGACAGCAAAAGAGUCGAUUCAUGUACAUGUCAAGGAGCUGACUUCACCGACCUUGCUGAGAUUGUAUCCAGGAUAGAGCCAGUCCAAAACUACGUCUCUGCUGAGGCGGAGGAGUCAGACUGUCUGACAGAGUACGAGGAAGAUGGGAUGGAUACUGUGAGAGAGGAAGAAGGACAGGAGGAGGAAGAAGAGGUAGAAGACCCAGAGGACCAGUCCCCAGGAGAGUGGGUUCCGAAUGGAGUCUUUCAGACUGAUGAAGAAAAGUCUGUAAGGCAACGUAGGAAACUCACCAAUGACGCCUCAGAAGUCUCUGAUUGCUGA